AUGGAGCAGAAUGGAGAGAGCCAUCUCAAGGAGCCGCUUCUCCAUGCGGCCGAUGGCGCUUCUGCCGCCGCCGCCAGGGUGUCCCCGCGGAAGGAGAGGACUACAAGGAAGGUCAUGUUCAAUGUCCGGGGCAUGUCAUGCGGUUCCUGGGUGGUGGCAGGAUUGAAGGGGGUCGAGAGCAUCCAGGUCUCAACCCUUCAGGGCCAGGCUGUUGUUCAGUACAGCCCGGAGGAGACCGAUGCAAGAACCAUAAAAGAAGCUAUUGAGGAUAUCAACUUUGAGGUCGAUGAACUCCAAGAACAAGAAAUUGCCGUAUGCAGGCUCCGGAUAAAAGGAAUGGCAUGUACAAGCUGCUCUGAAUCUAUUGAACGGGCACUUCUGAUGGUACCUGGAGUUAAAAAAGCUGCAGUGGGGCUUGCCCUAGAGGAAGCCAAGGUGCACUUUGAUCCAAAUAUUACCAGCCGUGAUUUACUAAUCGAGGCUAUUGAGGAUGCUGGAUUUGGAGCUGAUCUCAUUAGUUAUGGGGACGAUGUGAACAAAAUGCAUCUAAAACUUGAGGGUGUGAGUUCUCCAGAAGACACCAAACUCAUUCAGUCGGUACUGGAAACUGUAGAGGGAGUGAAUAAUGUUGAAUGGGAUACAUCAGGUCAAACAGUUACAGUUGCAUAUGACCCUGAUGUCACUGGUCCACGAUUACUUAUUCAGCGCAUUCAGGAUGCUGCAGAACCCCCUAAAUGCUUUAAUGCCAGCUUGUACUCACCACCAAAGCAAAGAGAAGUAGAACGCCACCAUGAAAUUAUGAGUUACAGGAACCAAUUUCUUUGGAGUUGCCUCUUUUCAGUUCCUGUGUUCCUGUUCGCGAUGGUUCUGCCCAUGCUCCCUCCUUCUGGAGAUUGGCUGUUUUAUAAAAUCUACAACAACAUGACGGUAGGUAUGCUACUGCGGUGGUUGCUAUGUUCUCCAGUUCAGUUCAUUAUUGGUUGGAGAUUUUACGUUGGAGCUUACCAUGCACUGAAGCGAGGGUACUCUAACAUGGAUGUGCUGGUUGCUUUGGGAACAAAUGCUGCGUACUUCUAUUCUGUGUACAUUAUUGUGAAGGCACUAACAUCAGACACGUUUGAAGGACAAGAUCUUUUUGAAACUAGUUCGAUGUUGGUAUCUUUUAUAUUGCUGGGAAAAUACCUUGAGGUGGUGGCAAAGGGGAAGACAUCAGAUGCUUUGUCAAAGCUGACAGAACUUGCACCAGAAACAGCUGUACUUCUCACACUGGAAAAGGAUGGAAGUGUCAUUUCAGAAGUGGAGAUCAGUACCCAGUUACUUCAAAGAAACGAUUUCAUUAAGAUUGUCCCUGGUGAAAAGGUCCCAGUUGAUGGUGUUGUCAUCAAAGGCCAAAGCCAUGUUAAUGAAAGUAUGAUAACUGGGGAAGCAAGGCCCAUUGCAAAGAAACCGGGAGAUAAGGCCACCCAUGUUGGGUCAGAGACGGCUCUGUCACAGAUAGUCCAGCUAGUUGAAGCUGCUCAACUUGCAAGAGCUCCAGUACAGCGGUUGGCAGACAAGAUUUCACGGUUUUUUGUUCCAACUGUUGUGGUGGCUGCAUUUCUUACAUGGCUUGGCUGGUUCAUACCCGGGCAACUUCACCUCUACCCUCAGCAAUGGAUUCCAAAGGCAAUGGAUAGUUUUGAGCUUGCUCUGCAGUUUGGAAUAUCUGUCCUAGUCGUUGCAUGCCCGUGUGCUCUGGGAUUAGCUACCCCAACUGCUGUUAUGGUUGCUACUGGAAAAGGUGCUUCUCUAGGUGUUCUUAUCAAAGGUGGCAAUGCACUUGAGAAAGCUCACAAGAUUAAAACUAUCAUAUUUGAUAAAACUGGAACCCUGACUAAGGGUAAACCUUCUGUUGUUCAAACAAAGACCUUCUCCAAGAUACCACUUCUAGAAUUGUGUGAUUUAACUGCCAGUGCUGAGGCAAACAGUGAGCAUCCUCUAUCAAAGGCUAUUGUUGAAUACACAAAGAAGCUCAGAGAACAAUAUGGAUCUCCGAGUGAUCAUAUGAUGGAUUCCAAAGAUUUUGAGGUGCAUCCAGGGGCAGGGGUCAGCGCGAAUGUUGAAGGCAAGCUGGUUUUGGUUGGGAACAAACGGCUCAUGCAAGAAUUUGAAGCUCCAAUGAGCUCUGAAGUGGAGGAAUACAUGUCUGAAAUGGAGGAUCUUGCCAGGACCUGUGUGCUUGUUGCGAUCGAUAGGGUUAUCUGCGGAGCUCUUGCCGUAUCGGAUCCUCUGAAGCCUGAGGCAGGACGCGUCAUUUCACACCUUAGCUCAAUGGGCAUCACAAGCAUCAUGGUGACGGGCGACAACUGGGCUACAGCCAAAUCCAUAGCAAAGCAAGUCGGGAUCAGCACCGUAUUUGCUGAGAUUGAUCCAGUUGGAAAAGCUGAGAAGAUCAAGGACUUGCAGACGCAAGGACUUGCCGUGGCGAUGGUCGGCGACGGGGUGAACGACUCGCCGGCCCUGGCCGCAGCGGACGUGGGCAUGGCCAUCGGCGCGGGCACAGACGUCGCCAUCGAGGCCGCUGACAUCGUCUUGAUGAAGAGCAGCCUAGUGGACGUGAUCAUGGCAAUCGACCUCUCGCGGAAGACCCUCGCCAAGAUCCGGCUCAACUACGUCUGGGCCCUGGGCUACAAUGUCCUGGGCAUGCCGAUCGCCGCCGGCGUCCUGUUCCCGUUCACGGGCAUCCGGCUCCCCCCGUGGCUCGCCGGGGCCUGCAUGGCCGCCUCAUCGGUGAGCGUCGUCUGCUCGUCGCUGCUGCUCCAGCUCUACAAGAAGCCGUUGCACGUCGAGGAGGUGCCGAUGACGGCAGGGCCCGGCGAUGGUGGCUCGAACCUGGUGUGA